AAUUUUUCUGCGCUCAGAAAAAAGCUUCCGGAGCUCAACGUUCACAGAGAGAGCCACAAUCUCCUACAGCGUCGCCACUAAUCCAUCGGAAGAAAAUGGCGACGUUUGAGCUAUACAGGAGGUCGACGAUCGGAAUGUGUUUGACUGAGACUUUGGACGAGAUGGUUCAGAACGGGACUCUCAGUCCUGAGCUCGCAAUUCAGGUUCUUGUUCAGUUCGAUAAGUCUAUGACUGAAGCUCUCGAAACCCAGGUGAAGAGCAAGGUCUCCAUCAAGGGACAUCUGCACACCUACAGAUUCUGUGACAAUGUUUGGACCUUCAUCUUACAGGAUGCUUUGUUUAAGAAUGAGGAUAGUCAGGAAAAUGUUGGGCGUGUUAAAAUAGUGGCAUGUGACUCAAAGCUGCUCUCACAAUGAGAUGGCAGACUGUUGGUGGCAUGCUAAAUAAGGACUUUGCAUUCUGUUGUAAUGGAGGGUGAGGAGGAAUAUAGCAGUUAGUCUGGUUACUUGCAGGAACUGGAAACUGUAGGAGACACAUUAGUUAUAAAGCCCUCUACAUUGACAGCUGUAGUUAUUUGAUGUUAUAUUGAGGAUAGUGUGUGCUUGUUCUAUUGUUCUCCUUAGAAGAUGAGACGUGUUGGAGAUCAAAUAGUUCUACAUUUGUAGUUCUACAUUUGUAUUAUGGACAGUAUGAUUCUGCUUUAUACGUUAGCAUUCAAAUGUCUGAUGUUUUAUUUG